ACGGAAACACGAGAACGUAGCUAGCGGGUGGGUUUUCUAUCUUAAACAUCCCACCGUUGUAUGAGGGAGAUGGUUUUUCCUUUUCUUUUCGCUUCCAGAUCCAUAAUCAUACUAAAAUCCCCGAUGGAUGUAGCACGGAAAUAACCAGACAAGCUCUUUGAUCGCUGCGUAGGGGAAAGAUGUCCAAUAUACUUGAUGCGGCGUUCAGAGUGAAAUGGGACCGGACGACUGCAGCGAAGCGGGCUGUCUUUCUCGCGGCCGCUGCCUACGGGGUGAAAACCCUGUACCCCAUCGUCUGCAGACAAUUCGUGAAACGGAAUGGAUGCAGGAAUAGCAGGGGCUCUAAAGGAGAGGAAAAUGGCUCAACGGUUGGCGUUAAAUCACAAACAGAUGCAUUGAGUCAUAAAAAGUCGCCUGGGGUAAACGCAGAAUUUUUUAAACAGAUAUUUGAACUCAUCAAAAUCCUCUUUCCAAAGCUUGUUUCCAAAGAGCUCGGAUUGCUGUCUCUGCAUUCGGUCGCGUUGAUUUCACGGACAUUUCUGUCUAUCUAUGUCGCAGGCUUGGAUGGCAAGAUUGUGAAAACAAUCGUUGAGAAAGAACCACGCAGCUUCAUCAUCCAACUGAUGAAAUGGCUCCUUAUUGCCAUUCCGGCCACGUUCGUGAACAGUGUUAUCCGCUACCUCGAGUGCAAGCUGGCCCUCGCCUUCCGCACACGGCUAGUGGACCAUGCCUACACCACCUAUUUCACAGACCAGACCUACUACAAAGUCAGCAACAUGGACGGGAGGCUGACCAACCCGGACCAGUCUCUUACCGAGGACGUAAUGAUGUUUUCCCAAUCCGUUGCGCAUCUCUACUCGAACCUCACCAAGCCCAUCUUGGAUGUGAUACUCACCUCCUACACCCUCAUCCAGACGGCCCGGUCCAGGGGGGCCAACGCCAGCGGGCCGACCCUGCUGGCCGGGCUGGUGGUGUUUUGCACGGCCAAGGUUCUGAGGGCCUGCUCGCCGAAAUUCGGAAAACUAGUAGCUGAGGAGGCCCACAGGAAAGGCCAUUUACGCUAUGUGCAUUCCAGGAUCAUUGCCAAUGCAGAGGAGAUAGCCUUCUACAGGGGACACAAGGUGGAGAUGCGUCAGCUGCAGAAGUGUUACCGGGCCCUGGCGGAGCAGAUGAACUUGAUCCUGUCCAAGCGUCUGUGGUACAUCAUGGUGGAGCAGUUCCUCAUGAAGUACGUGUGGAGUAGCUGUGGACUGGUCAUGGUGGCUGUGCCCAUCAUCACAGCUACUGGCUUCGCUGACAGCGAGACUGCCGACGGUCAGACUCAGGUGCUGGUGAGCGAGAGGACAGAGGCCUUCACCACCGCCCGCAAUCUCCUGGCCUCUGGAGCUGACGCCAUCGAGAGGAUCAUGUCCUCCUACAAAGAGGUCACAGAGCUGGCGGGCUACACGACACGCGUCUACAACAUGUUCCUGGUGUUUGGCGAGGUGCAGAGGGGCAUCUACAAGCGCUCGUCCGCUUCGACCACGGGAACAGGAGAGAAGAAGAUCGUGGCCAGGCCAGAGAUGCACAUCGACGGGCCUUUGGAAAUCAAAGGAAGAGUCAUCGAUGUGGACAAUGGCAUUGUGUGUGAGAGUGUCCCUAUCAUCACUCCCAAUGGAGACAUAGUGGUCUCCAGCCUCAACUUCAAGGUGGAGGAAGGUAUGCACCUGUUGAUCACAGGUCCUAACGGCUGUGGGAAGAGUUCUCUGUUCAGGAUCCUCAGUGGGCUGUGGCCUGUCUAUGGGGGGCUGCUGCACAAGCCCUCCCCACAACACAUGUUCUACAUACCACAAAGGCCGUACAUGUCCAUUGGGACCCUGAGAGACCAGGUGAUCUACCCAGACUCUCUAAAGGACAUGCAUGACAGGGGUUACAGAGACACGGACCUGGAGGUCAUACUGGACAUCGUUAACCUCAACCAGAUAGUGACCCGCGAGGGCGGUUGGGAUGCAGAGAUGGACUGGAAGGAUGUGUUGUCUGGGGGAGAGAAACAGAGGAUGGGCAUGGCUCGUAUGUUCUACAACAGGCCAAAGUAUGCCCUGUUAGAUGAGUGCACCAGUGCUGUCAGCAUUGACGUGGAGGGGAAAAUAUUCCAGGCUGCAAAGGAUGCUGGGAUAUCCUUACUGUCAAUCACCCAUAGACCCUCCCUCUGGAAGUACCACACUCACCUGUUACAGUUUGAUGGUGAGGGAGGAUGGAGGUUCGAGCAGCUGGACACCGCUACGCGUCUCUCCCUGACCGAGGAGAAACAACGCCUCGAGUCUUCACUUGCAGGAAUACCCAAGAUGCAACACAGACUCAACGAACUCUGCAAGAUCCUGGGAGCGGACUCAGCCCUCAAAACAGCCGAUUUAGCAGAGGAAUGAAAGAAAGAGCGACAUGUUCAGAAAAGUCAAAAGUGUCAUUUUUUUGUUUCAACGCACACCAAACGCAUAUUCCCAUACGUUUCCAAUGUUGGGGUUGAGUUUUAAGAAUUCAGCGACACUGUUGUUUUCUAGAUGUUUUUAUUGCUGGGUGGUUGAGAGACUUAAAAUCUCUGACAAGCUGAGACUAAACAUUUUAUUUGGUUGAACAAUGAAGUCAAAUUCUUUUUCAUUUCUAGCACUACUCAAUUUGGGGAAUAGUUCAUUGUUAUUGCCGUAGUUAUCCAAGUGCUGAAGUAGUAGGCUUAUGCUAUUUUGUGUGAGACAGUAUUUUCCUCCUUUUAUUGUAUAGAUUUGUUUGUGUUAAAUAAACAGUACUAUGGACAGGAAAAUGCACAGCGUGUCGUUUUAUUAGAUGAGUUUAAAAGGUUGAUGUUUCAGCCUUUUAAUAGCCUUCUAUGUCAAUCUUUUAAACUUGUCUAAUUCAACUUUUUUUUAAAGAGGGGUGAGCUAGCGUUGCACCUUUUCCUGUCCAAUGAUCUCUACACAUUUUUUGGGGGUUUCACCUCGACUCACUUUGGUUGAGCACCCUCUCCUUCUUUCUGUAAAAGAAAAACUACUAGAAAGGUCUUUGGAUGAUAUCAAACAAUGAACAUACACGUUUUUACAAUCAUAUCAAGUUCUUCAUUAAGGUUAGGCUAAUAAGCAUACCGUUUUCAAGGUAACCCAACUGCUCAAAUGUAAAGUACCACAGCUGCAAUACAUUUGUGUCCCUUUCUGUUAUCUCAGCUACUGGCACUGCGGUUAUGUCAUAAGGACAUCUUUCUUAUAACAUGACUGAAUGUGUUUUUCACAGGUUAUUUCCUCAGAACUGCAAUGUAGUAAUAUAUUCAAAAUACCUCAGUAGCUUUCAAAAUAUCUGGCUCUGCAUUUUAAUUAACACCCUCCCUUAGACCUAUAUAGUGCACUACUUUCACCUUUGUUAGUGGCUAAGAGAUGGUUUGUCUUAGGAGCUAUUAUUGGACAUUGAUGCAUUAGUGACAGAGCUGUGGGUCUGUUGCUAUAGGCUUCUGGUUCACUGAACAAAUACAAUGGAUUUCAAGGCAUUCCGUCUUGUCUCCAGCAGAGCACAGCAGGAAUCGGACUGGACUCACUCACACAAACGCACGCUAACGCACACACACACACACACACACAUCGCCUGGCAAAGCCCUCCUCACUAGGGUAAUAUCUGUGGAACAGGGGUGUUUUGUGUUGUCUCGGUCUGCAAUCUUAACUCCUAUAAACAUAAGUCACAUCUUCAGCAUAGGGGUUUACAUUGUGUUUCACAAUAAACACGGUUGUUUUCCGUUGUAGUUCAGUACAGUUUACUUGGUUGCUGAGUUUUAUUAAAUGUUACCUUGUUCUAGCCACCCACAGUACAAAUCAAUCUAGUUGAGCAAUUCAUAUUUGUUACCAGCGACCUAUCUCAGACUUUAUACUGUGAACUUUGUUUGUUUCUUUUUUUGAUAAUGUCAUAAAAUUGUAUUUUUAAUGUCGGGAUUUUAGAGUUUGAUAACGCCUCUUCAAACCUGUGUAUGUAAAUCAUCUGCUGAACAAAGCUGUCAUUUCAGCGCUGCUGAGGUUAAUAUAGGUCAAAUCCAAGACCAGCCUUUCUAGUGCUGUAGCCUUAUAGCCUGGCUGUGUUAUUGUAUCCCCUAUACCAGGGUUCUCCAACUGGCGGUCCGCGGCCCGAAUUUGGCCCCCCAGGAGCAACAAAAAAAAGUGUAUUUUUAUCGUUGUAAAUAAAAGACUGUAAAAACGUCAGCAAAUCAGCUCCAAGUGAUUAACAUUUUGAAAAUGUCAAAUUAUUGCCACGCAUAAUAGAGAGAUAUGUAAUGGUAUACAGAUCCGAGCAAGUUUUGGAAUGAUUAUGUCAAAUAUUAUAUCUGUUUGGGCUUCUUGCAGUCUAUUUGCAGUCUACACAUUAUUUGUAAUUAUGUUCCAGCCCCCUGACCAUCAGCUCAAGAAUAAAAUCAGCCGGUGGCUGAAUCUAGUUGAUCCCUGCCCUAUACAGUAUUUUCAAUCAGUGACACAUACUAAUGCUGGGUUAUUUGAUUGGCUUGGUAACAUCUGUGACAAAUCAGAAUGAAAUCAGUAACCGCAAUGGCAGAAUAUUUACAAGUGUACAACAAGUGCAACUGAAAUAUUUUGACCACUACAUCUAAGACUAAACUGUCUUAAAGAGAAGUGACAUGGAAAAGAAUGCAUGUGAGUUACAAAUAUGUAAACUAUAUAUUGUAAUGUAUACUUUGUUAAUAUGGUACUUAUACUUUGCAUGGAAUGGGUGAGUGAGAGUGAUGCCUCAAUCACAUGUUAUAUUUUAACUGUCUCUUUCAAUCAAUGCUAAACAGAGAGCAUUAUGGGAGGGAAAAUACAAUAACAUGCACCGUGAAUAGUUAGUUGUUCAUGGAAAUAAAGUGUUGACAUUUUGUAAUAUACUUGGUUAUAACUACUGUUAUGAAAUAGGUUAUGAGCCUGAAAAGAACCUACAUAUUCAGGCUUCUUAUUCCUUGGGAUUCUAACUAAUACUUUGUGUCUUGAAAAGGACACCUGACAUAGUUUGAAACCCGAUUUCCCUAUACUGUAAAAAAGAAAGAAAAAAGAAACAUUCUGUGUUGCUCAGCCCUGUUGAUAGGAAGUAUCUACAGUAUACUACUGGAUGAAACAGUGUUAAAGUGACUGAGAACGGUAUGGAAUGAGUAGAAUCGAGAGGUGAUGCUUGAAACUGUAUACAUGUUGACCCGGAGUUUAGCUAUCUAACCAAGACUAUGGAUCAAAGUCAAACUAAAUCAAAUGUGCUUUGGUAUUCUAUAAAAUUGGAACUGUUAAGUUAGGCCUACUCUAGUAUGUUCCCACAACACUGACAUACUAACAAUUCUUUGAUACAAUUAUUUUGUCAUUUUUCUAAUAAGUGGAACAUCCGAAUGUACUGUCUAUGUGUCAUAGAAUUUGGCUUUGUCAUUCGGCAAUUCAUCCAAUUUUGGCAACGGUAACAAUUGGAAGUGUGAUUUGCAAAAUGGUUGUUCAUUGAAUGGUACCACUUGUAAAUAAUGCAUGUGUUCUGUCGUGAUUUUAUUAAAGAAGAGUAACAAACUCAUUUAUGUUAUGGG